UCGCCUCCCUUCCUCUGCUCUGCCCUGCGCUCGGACCCAGCCGGCCCGGGCUCCAGCCUCGCGCGCUCUGCUCCUGGCCCUGCGGGAACCGGCUCCCGGUGGCUGCCGCUGCCCCCUCCCCCGGGACCACGGGCUCGGGACCUUCCGGGACGUGGCCCAAGCGGCGCGGGGCUGGGCGGAGCGGACCUUCGCGGGGACCAGGACGCGGACGACAGGUUCCGGGUUGAGUGCGCUCGGGCGCCCCGCGGGGCCGGCCAGCUCCGGGCAGUGAGAGCAAGCGGAGCUCGCGGAAGGCGCGGAGCCCGGGCCCGCCAGGGCGCACUAGGCACAGCGAGUCGCGGGCGCUGCCGGGCGUGGGCGCCGGCCGUGGGCUGAGGACCACCCUCCAUCCCCAGCCCACGCGUGCCCUCCGGGGCGACGACUUUAGCUCCAGUGCUGGGACCGGCACGGCGUCUCCUUGCCUGCCCUGCGCCCGGGUCACCUGUGGCCUCGGAAUCUCAGACCUGCCAGGUCCUCCAUUCGCUGCCCACCUGGAGCUGGUUCCUGCCCCGCCCCCUCCUGCCGCCCAGAUGUCCCGGGCCCCGGCGUGGAAGAUCUCGCUCAGGCCAGAGGCUGAGGGAUCGAGAGAGAGAAGCCCACCCUAGGGAGCCUUGGGGACCCCCCUAAUCUCAUCUUGGGGCUCGGAGAGAACGCCAGCGCCCCCACCAUCGGCGGCUGCCCUCCUCCCGCGGGCUCCAGCACGGAGCACCCCGCCAGCUGGAGCCCCUUCCACGUCCGGGAGACCCUGGCCAGCCUCCCUCUUCAGGUGGCCGUUUCAUCCGUCUAGACCUGUACCUUGGAAACUGCCGGGGAGUCUUGCAGGGCCAACAGCUACCUCCCCCACCCCAAGGGCGUCUCUCACCCAGAGUCCCUGCAGUGUCAUCCCCGGGCCGCCUUGUCCAGGCUCAGGCGGACAUCAGUCCUGCACACCCACGGCUGUUUCCAGUGCCGGAGGCCCCUCCUGCUGCCCUCCCGUGUCCUUACCUUGACCCCCUGUGUGGCAGACUCUGUCUCCCUCUGGGGGCUGUGUUCCCCCACCCUGAGGUGGAGGAGGCUAGGAGGCAGGUGCAGGUGCAGGGGCUGGGGCCAGGCGACUGGGCUGGGGGGGGCCGUUAAGAUGUGGAGCUCUGCCCGGCCGAGGGGGGCUUCGCGGAGGCAGACGCAGCCCGUGCCUGGCGGGGGGGAGUAUGGGCAGGCCUGUGGCCACGUGGUGAAGGAUGAACAUUCGGGGCGCCCCGGACCCCCCCGGGCAGCCCAGUGACGACCCCAGCAGUGGAGGCGAGCGGGAGCGGAUUCGGCAACGCAUGAAGAUGGUCAUCGGGCAGCUUGAGGACAUCCUGCGGGAGCUCAAGGAGGUGGCCAAGGAACUGAGGGAGGUGGUGAGCCAGAUUGACAGGCUGACCUCAGACUUCGAUUUCGACCUGGAGCCAGACGACUGGACCACAGCCACCGUGAGCAGCACCUCCAGCAGCGACAAGGCGGGCGCUGGCGGCCCCUUCGACCUGGGCCAGCUGGACUUCAUGACCACAGCCGACAUCCUUUCCGACAGCUGGGAGUUCUGCUCCUUUCUGGAUACCUCCACUCCCUCAGACUCUGUGGAUGGCCCCGAGGCCACCCGGCCAGAGGCAGCAGCGGUGGCAGCAGUGGCUGGGGCCGACAGCGGAGUGGCAGACUACCGGCUUAUGAACGGCGGCCUGCCCAUCCCCAACGGGCCACGGGUGGAGACCCCAGACUCCUCCAGCGAGGAGGCCUUCAGCACUGGCCCAGCCAAGGGCCAGCUGCCCCAGCGGACCCCGGGGACACGGGAGAGGGUGCGUUUCAGUGACAAGGUGCUUUACCAUGCGCUGUGCUGUGACGAUGAGGAGGGAGAGGAGGAGGUGAUGACCACAGCAGCUCAGGAGGAUGGGGAGGAGGGAGGGGGAGGGCUGCGUCCCGAGCUCCCCCAUGCCGCCUCCGCCGAAGGCCCCUUCAAGCCGCCCCCCCCAGCUCCCUACAAGCCCCGGCACUGUGCUCUGCCAGGUGGGCGCUCAGGCCCCACGGCGGCCCCCGAACAGGUCAGGAGGAACAGCGUGAGGGACAGCAGCACGCAAACCGUGUCAGACAAGAGCACCCAGACGGCGCUGCCUUACACAGCCGCGAGGCAGAAAGCCAAGAGCAAAAACUAGGGGCUGGGGGGGGCG